AGGUGGAAAAAGUACAGACAUUCUGUGCUUAAGUAGAAGUACAGAUAUUAGAGUUAAAAACAUGAAGGUGAUUUAAUCAAAAUGAUGUGGACAGCAUGUACAGUUAUGCUUCAAUCAUAAAAGAUAUGAAAAGGGCAAAUAUUCAGCUUUCCAUUCAAAUUUAUUACCUUUUUUGUUGCUUUUCCUUCCUAAUUGUCAUAUUUAUUUCUGUUCUCCAUCAGGGUGAAAAAAAGGUCAUCUGAGUGCAUUUAAUCAUCAAUGAAAUAUUUCAAUACUAAGCUUUUUUGCCUUUUUAUCUGUCCCUAAGUUAUUGGACUUACUGCUGCAAUAUUUUGUUUCCUGUCCUAGUGACUCUUUUCAUCUCUUUUACAACAACAAAGCUUUAUUCUUGCAAAGCAGGAAAGUUUAUUGCACAAUUUCUUUGUUACCAUUUCCUUUCUUUAAGAUCACGUGAUUUCUGGUUUAAAAGAAAUAAAGAAUUAUCAAAAGCAUCGACACCAAAGGAUAAUCCUGAACCCUAUUUUCAGGAUUUGUGAGAACUCAUCCUGUUUAAUAGAGAUUUUUUUUUUUUACUGUUUUCGCUUCCUGCACUGUCAGUGCUAUUAUAUAUUAUGAGAAUGCAUAUUAUUGUUUACUUGUAGCAAUGUUGUGGAUGGUAAUUUUCAUACUUAGUUUACAGCAAAAGACAGCAGAAAAAAAACACCUUAUUGUAUGACGAACUAUCAGGAAGGCAGGUUUUAAGUGUUGCAUUUGCAUGUUGCUUAAAUUCAAAAAUAGAACCAGACUUGACUGUGGUUCAGGUGUUGUCAUUCUACUCACUCACAGGCAUGGCUGCUCAUCUCAUCGUUCUUCUUUUUUUCAGUGUGCUUAAAGGAGUUCACAGCAUAACUACAGUCAGUAAAGUAUCAGUGGAAGCUGGAAAAUCUAUCUCCAUCCCAUGUCUCUAUGAGUCACAAUAUAUAGACCAUGUGAAGUACUUGUGUGAAGGACAUAUAUGGAGCUCCUGCAGCUAUGCAGUAAAAACAAACAAACCAGACCCUUCAGGAAAAUAUUCAAUCUCUGAUGACAAAAAAGGACAAAUUUUUACUGUGACUAUAAAAAAUCUGACAAAUCAAAAUACUGAUUACUGGUGUGUGGUGGAGAUUAAUAAUGGACCGGACUGCGGACAGUAUUUUCAACUAUCAGUUACCAGUGAUACCCCCAGUCUCUACGUGGAUCAUCAGAAGAUUACAGGAUAUAUUGGAGAAAACAUAACUAUUAGAUGUCACCCGAGUAACUCUGGAGAAAUGAAGUGGUGCAGGCUGGGCAGGAACUGUGUGACAGGAUCAUUUGGAUCCAUAGAUGGAACAAUAGUGACCACUCAUAUGAGAGACCCAGAUGUUUCCACAGUGACCAUGACUGGACUACAGUCAGAGGACAGUGGCUGGUAUUGGUGUGCUGAAGGGGACAUUCAGAUACCAGUAUAUUUAAAUGUUACUGAG